AUCGGAGCGAGGCCACGUGUUGUACACGUCGCCAUGCUGAGCCUCAACGUAUCUAACGCUUGGCCUACGUUUGGAAGAGUGAUUCGCGUCAGCCUGCCCGAGGUACAUCUUUUUGGCGGGCAGCUGGGAACACUCCAGCUCCGAAAUAGCGGGGUACAUGACCCCUGCAAGGCCAUCUACAACAAAAAAAUCGAGCCCACGAAUCAGAUGAUGGCAAGGAACCCUCGUCCCUUACCCUGAGUGCAGAAAAGCCGCCCCGCGAACUGCGACCGCGACGACAACCCUCACGAACACCAUGGCCUCCUCCAACCCCUUUCGCAAGCAGACGACCCCGAUUGUCACAGACUUUGAUGCCUCGUCCAUUCCGCGUGCCUCGCGACCGCCUCCCCCCGUGAGCUUUGGCAGCUCCGACCCCAAGAUCGAUCCGGAGGUUCCGGUUGAGACGAAGACCAAGGCCAAGGUCGUCAAACGAGUGCGCGUCUUGUCGCCGCCGCCUCUGAGCCCCGACUCGCCCGAGUGGCCGAACAAUCACCUACCAGCAUAUCCGCAAGAUGACCUAGACUCCACGGACGUUGUUGUCGCGGAAGCCGACAAGAUGACCCCCACAGAUGCGGUGCCAGGAGUAUCCUUUGGGACACCACAGCAGGGCAUUGCUCUCGUGGAGGAGAUGAAGAACGAAGGGGAGGCGCUCAAAGCUGGGAACAAAGCCAUGGAUGUCGAUGCUUUCAAGCGCCUCCUCAUGACGGGCGAUAAGCCCGCUUCUACCCAUGAUGCUGCCGAAACCGUACCAAAACCCGUGACACCGUCGCCACCUCUGCCCUUGAGACAGGCGGAGGAAGACGAGAGCAUGUCAGACUCAAGCAUGACGGUGCAAUUCGGAUCGAGGAAGAAGGCGGCGCCGCCGCCUCCACCGAGUUCGCGGCAUGGUAAAGCUAUCAGAAGCAACACGGGGGCGUCUGACGCGAAAGCAACUUCCCCAAUGGAGCAGCAGUCGUUCGCCGCGGAGCCUCGCACUGCUGCCACUGAUAUCGGAGACGAGUCGUCUCAUGAAACUCCACCAAAGAAAUCAACACCGGCGGCGCCACCACCACCACCACCGCCCCGGGGUCACGCUCGAAGCGACAGCAAGGCGCAGCCAAGCUCUCCAGGCGAACAACGCUCCUCGCCCGACGCUGCACAGUCGCAGUCACAGAGUAGCCGGCACAGCAGCGCACCGGUACCCCCGCCGCCGCGCAGACCCAAUGCAGGCCAUCGGAUGUCCUCCAGCCAAACAUCCCCUACCUCUGCGUCCUUCCCAGAUGCAGAGUCCCAUGAUGACGCAAAUGACAUGACAGAAGGCCAGGCUGGACCGAGCAGGCACCCGGUCCCUCCUCCUCCUCCACCCGCUCGUAAUUCCUCCGUGCGGCGACCACCGAGCGCGGAGGCCAAGUCAAAGGACAGUGCUGUACCGCCACCCCCGCCACCAACGAGGAAGAGAGGCACAAGUAAAGGCAACGCAGAUCGACCGAACACAAGUGAUCCGGGCCAGGGUGACGCAUUGCUGGCCGACUUGAGUGCCCUGCAGCGGGAGGUCGAUGCCGCAAUGGGCAAGCUAGGGUAGCAGCGUGGUCGUCACUGUACCCAGGCGUCCUUUGCGGGACACAGUUCCACCAGGUACGUCCACUAUGCGUUGCGCCCAAGUCCGUGCCAACGCCUUGGGUGGUCUGGAACCUCGUUUGCCAGCGGGAAUGAAGCAUGCGG